CAGAAAUGUUCACUGAGGACGUUAAAUCCUGCAGACCGGCUGCUGAAGGAGCGUGAGGAGUGAGACAGGUGACACACUUGAAUCCAGAUUGUAAUAAAGUGUUCAGCAGAAGUCAGAGAUCUGCUCUGUGGGGUUCAUAUUGAAAGAGGAGAAGUUCACCAGAGACUGUGUGGAGGAGGAGGAGGAGGAGGAGGAGGAGGAGGAGGAGGAGGAGGCUGCCUGGUGCUGGACAGCAGGGAGGAGUUAAAUCCAGGGUGGGCCGGUCUGAGGAGGAGAGGACGAGGUGGUGCUGAGGCCAGCAGAGGACAGAGAGGCCUGCCAGGAGGUGCCUGUGUGGAGGGUACGAGCUCGUACCUCUGCAGAGCCCGACUCAGUGUUUCAUCCCUCUGUGGGUGUAAAUAUAUAUCUAAUACUGCUGGACACGCUGUAGAUGAAGUCUCUCUGCAGUGAUCCGUCUGAGGUCUGCAGCUGCUCAAACACUUUUACUGCUUCAUGUUCAGCCUCUGAUAAUAUUUGACAUUUGAAAUUCAAAAUAAUGCGUUUAUUUCAUAAUUUCACAACCAUAUUGCAGCAGUAAUGUAUCUGUGAUGUUCCUGGUGGACUUGGGGUUAAACUGUCUCCAGGCGCGCUGGAACAAUUCACAUCUCUGACUCGACUGUCCAGCCUAACUGUGUUAAUCACUUCGGCCACUAGAGGUCACCGCCUGCUGUCACAGGAUACGGUCGUUUCCUGGCUGAUUAAUUGUCUUUAAUACUGUUUAAUAGUUGAUUUCUUUGCUCCUGUCUGAGCAGCUUCGAUCCAGAGACGGUCUCGUCCUCUCACAUCAUGACGUCGUGUGAACACUCGCUCUCUGACGUCGCGUCUCAUUGGUCGACGGAGAUCUCUGCUGUAGAUUACACUGAUGAUUAACACUCUGAGGCUGCUGAAGUACUCAGUAAAUACAGACUGAGUGUGAGUCAUUAAAGUCAGAUUUGUGAAAGAGGUCUUUGACGUUGGGUCCUGGCUCUGAUGGAGAGUUUGAGGUGGUCUGUGGUGCGGCAGCGUCCGGGCAGAACCGGGACGUGUUUGUGUGUCUGGCUGCAAAUAUUUAAACACUCUGAUGGCGAAGAUGAUUUAUUAGAAAGCGUCAGACAUGAAGAAGCUCUGAGAAGGAGUCACACCUCACUGCUGAUUCAUGAUCUUUAUGUACAGUAAUGUAAUGAACUGACGUGACAGAAGCUAACGAGAUAAAACAGACAGCAAGUCAACUUCCUGCAUUCACACUCUCACUUAAAGGUUAAAUACAUAAACAUUUUAGCUUAAAAUAUCCAAAAAGUGAACAUAAGAAGUAAAGAAAUGACAUUAUUAUGCUAAAGUUGUCUCUGUAUUGUUUUGCAGUGAUAUCUGCUGAAGUUAGAAUGCUAAUCAGUUAGCAUCUCGAGCUGAACAAUAAUACAUGUAUGAAAUAAGUUCUUUCAUGUUUUAUCCUUUUCCACAUUAUUCUCUGUGAGCUGAGGAUUCAUUUGGACUGAACCAGAUGUGCCUGUGGAGACGAACCAGCACUGUUCUGAAUCCAUUAUCAUCCAUCACUGUAGAGGCCGCUCUGCUCUGCUGCCAGGUGAGACUCACCUGGUGAGAGAUCUGAAAGAUUAGAGCUGCAUGCGAAGAUGUUGAGUGAUGUUUCCAGCAGCAGCAGACAGAAAACACUGAGAUGAAUCCAGCGAACACGACCUGCAGCAGUGAGGAGUUUAAACAGUGUUAUUGUUGACUUCACCACCAGAUUUAAUAACUUACGCUGCUGAUGUUCCGGAUGAAGCUUUGACAAGUCAGGACCUGUUUUCAGAAGACAAGAACAAGGCAAGCAGCUUCUUGAAGGAUCAGAAGUCCUCUGUCAUGUGACAAAGUUUCGUUUCUGCUGAAAAGUGAAUGGAACAGUUUGCGAUGAACCAAUCAGAGUGUUGAGGUUUCCUGUGGAGCUCCAUCCGUCACAUAGAGGCUCCAUCAGUGAGGUGAAGUCCUCAGAGGACAUCAACAACUAUGGAGCUUCUUCCUCUCGUGUGUCUCUGUCUGCUGAGCUGCUCUGGAGACGCUGUCAGAGUGGUCGUGGAAGAAGACAGUGAUGCUGUUUUACCCUGUUUGAUCAGAACCAAGGAGAACCUCGCAGGAAAGGCUUUUGACUGGAAGAAAGAUGGUCAGGAUGUGUUCUUUCAUGAUCCAAUCGGCCACACAAAUCAAGGUCGGGACUUCACAGAUCGCGUGUCACAUUUUGAAGAUCAGCUGCAGAACGGCAACGCCUCCAUAAAGAUCACAAGAACAAAGAUGGCCGACAGCGGGAACUACAGCUGUAUUUUUCCACAUCUUCAGAGUCAAACAUCCAUCAUCGAGCUUGUUGUUGGUCGAGUCUUAAAAGACAGAACAGGUGAAAACAUCCCAGGUGCAGCUCCAGAGCCAGUUAUCAAGAUACUUGCUGAAACAAAGCACUGGCGUCUGCUGCAGUGUGAAGCUCAUGGUGAUCCACUUCCUACAGUCGAGUGGAAGGACAGUGAUAACAACACUCUUCCUGCUGAUACACCUCAGAUCUCAGUAAGAGGAGGUCGAUCAUACAUCACUGUCAAGAUUACUGUGACCAAGACCGGCCGCUAUCGCUGUGUAGCUACACAGGAGAAGUUCAGCCAUAGGAUCGCUGCUAACACCUCUGUGCUCUUGGCAGCUGUCAGAGUGGUCGUGGAAGAAGACAGUGAUGCUGUUUUACCCUGUUUGAUCAGCCCAGAGGAGGACAUCUCAGGAAAACUGUUUCACUGGUCGAAAGAUGGUCAGAAAGUGUUCGUGUAUGAUGCAGGCAUUCACAGUCAAGGUGAGCAGUUCAAAGGUCGAGUCUCAUUUUUUCAAGAUCAACUGAAGAACGGUGACGCCUCCAUAAAGAUCACAAGAACAAAGAUGGCCGACAGCGGGAACUACAGCUGUGAUUUUCCACGUCAUCAACCGAGACAAACAUCCAUCAUCGAGCUUGUUGUUGAUCCAGUCUUAAAAGGCAGAACAGUUGAAAACAUCCCAGGUUUAGCUCCACAGCCAGUUAUUCAUACACUUCGUGAUACAAAGUACUGGCGUCUGCUGCAGUGUGAAGCUCGCGGUGUUCCACCUCUCACAGUAGAGUGGAAGAACGGUGCUGGUAACAUCCUCAACAGUGAGUCGACUCCAAAAUCACAAACAGGAAAUCAUUCAUCCAUCACUCUCAACAUCAAUGUGACCAAGACUGACGACUACAGCUGUGUAGCUACACAGAAGCAAUUCAGCCAUCAGGUUGCUGCUGUGACGCCUGUGUAUAUCCAAGCUGUCAGAGUGGUCGUGGAAGAAGACAGUGAUGCUGUUUUACCCUGUUUGAUCAGCACCAAGGAGGACCUCUCAGGAAAACUGUUUGUCUGGAAGAAAGAUGGUCAGAAGGAGAAGCAGGUGUUCACGCAUGACACAAGCGAUGAGUUCCCCAAUAGAGGUCAAGAUGAGCAGUUCAAAGGUCGAGUCUCAGUUUUUCAAGAUCAACUGCAGAACGGUGACGCCUCCAUAAAGAUCACAAGAACAAAGAUGGCCGACAGCGGGACCUACAGCUGUGAUUUUCCACGUCAUCAUCCGAGACAAACAUCCAUCAUCGAGCUUGUUGUUGGUCGAGUCUUAAGAGACAGAACAGGUGAAAACAUCCCAGCUGUCAGAGUGGUCGUGGAAGAAGACAGUGAUGCUGUUUUACCCUGUUUGAUCAGCACAGAGGAGGACCUCUCAGGAAAACUGUUUCACUGGUCGAAAGAUGAUCAGAAUGUGUUCCUGUAUGAUGCAGGCGUUCACAGUGAAGGUGAGCAGUUCAAAGGUCGAGUCUCAUUUUUUCAAGAUCAGCUGCAGAACGGCGACGCCUCCAUAAAGAUCACAGGAACAAAGAAAACAGACAGCGGGACCUACAGCUGUGAUUUUCCACGUCAUCAACCGAGACAAACAUCCAUCAUCGAGCUUGUUGUUGAUCAAGUCUUAAAGGACAGAACAAGUGAAAACAUCCCAGGUGCUUCCAAGCCGUCUGUCACAACUAUUAAAACAGAUAAAGGGAUGGUGCUGCAGUGUGAAGUUCUUGGUGCUUCUCCAAAACCUAAAGUCGAGUGGAAGGACAGUUCUGGAAACAUCCUUCAAACUGAGGAGCCUCAGGUCACAGAAAGUGGAGGCAGGUACGACAUCGUCCUCCGAGCUGCUGUGACAAAGACCGACACCUUCCGCUGUGUCGUCACUCAGGAGGAAAUCAGCCAUCAGAUUUAUGCUGAGAUUUACGCUUCUGUCAGUGCUGUCAGAGUGGUCGUGGAAGAAGACAGUGAUGCUGUUUUACCCUGUUGGAUCAGAACCAAGGAGGACAUCUCAGGAAAACUGUUAGUCUGGAAGAAAGAUGGUGCAGCUCCAGAGCCAGUUAUCAAGAUAGUUGCUGUUACAAAGGACGGAGUCCUGCUGCAGUGUGACGCUCGUGGUGUUUCACCUCUCACAGUAGAGUUGAAGAACGCUGCUGGUAACAUCCUCAACAGUUUGUCGACUCCAAUAUCAGAAACAGGAAGUCCUUCAUCCAUCACUCUCAACAUUGCUGUGACCAAGACCGACAACUACAGCUGUGUAGCUACACAGAAGCAAUUCAGCCAUCAGGUUGCUGCUGUGAUCCCUGUGUAUAUCCAAGCUGUCAGAGUGGUCGUGGAAGAAGACAGUGAUGCUGUUUUACCCUGUUGGAUCAGCACCAAGGAGGACAUCACGGGAAAACUGUUAGUCUGGAAGAAAGAUGGUCAGAAGAAGAUGAAGAAGGUGUUCACGCAUGACACAAGCGAUAAGUUCGCCAACAGAGACCAAGAUGAGCAGUUCAAAGGUCGAGUCUCAGUUUUUGAAGAUCAACUGCAGAACGGCAACGCCUCCAUAAAGAUCACAGGAACAAAGAUGGCCGACAGCGGGACCUACAGCUGUGAUUUUCCACGUUAUCAACCGAGACAAACAUCCAUCAUCGAGCUUGUUGUUGAUCCAGUCUUAAAGGACAGACGAGGUGAAAUAUCAGGUGCAGCUCCACAGCCAGUUAUCAAGAUACUUGCUGUUACAAAGGACUCGUCUCUGCUGCAGUGUGAAGCUCGUGGUGUUCCACGUCCUACAAUAAAGUGGCAGGACAGUGAUAACAAAACUCUUCCUGCUGAGGAGCCACAGAUCUCAGACAGAGGAGGUCGAUUUUACAUCACUGGCAAGAUUAAUGUGACCAAGACCAACAACUACAGCUGUGUAGCUACACAGGAGACACUCAGCCAUCAGGUUGCUGCUGUGACCUCUGUGCAUAUUCAAGGGUCCAACACUGGCUGGAUCAUUGCUGGAGUUUUCAUCGGUCUGUUUGUUGUUGCUGUAGUUGCUGUUGUGCUUUACUUCAAGGAUCGCAUCAGGCAAAUUUGUGUGAAAUGUUCAAGACCAAACAGAGCCAACGGACGAACAGGUACUUCUGAACGACCAAGUAAUUUAGAACUACUUUCUGUUCCAGAUCCUGCUGAAUUGAUUGAAAAUCAUUCAGCACCAGUUUGAGUCUCAGAUCCUGCUGAAUGACAGUGAGAACAUCUUGUCUGGUCACUUAUUUCAGUUUGAGGAGUGAAACCUGGUUUUAACAUUAAACUGAGUCUCAGGUUCAGGUGAGGAUUGGUGUUGUGUUGCAGCAGAUAGUUGUGAUGGUAGAACAGAAGGUUGUUUGUGUGACGAUGUGCAUGUAGCUCAUUCUGCUGUCAUCACUAUGUUACCACGGCAACAAUCUCUCCCUGAACUGUCCUCAUGUCCUGAAGCUCAUCCAGAUCAUAGACAGUGAGAUCUUACAGUUAAUACAUUUAUAUAAAAAUAAAUACACAUAAUCAGUCCUCGUCUUUAUCUCACAGCACUCAGUCACAAAUAGUGUCCAAGUCAAGUGUCGGACUCAGAAUCCUGUCAGAGUAAAAAGACGUCAGUCGCUCUGACACGUUUGUCUGAUGGCUGAACAACAUCUGAACCGACUCACUUCCUGAAACCAACAAACCAACAUUCACAUCCACUUCAAGUAGUGACUGACCAACACAGGAAGUCUGCAGGGUUUGAACUUUUCUCUCAAGCUGGAUUUUAAUUCUUCACACAACUUCUUCUUUCACGUCUCUGUUCAACAGAGUUCAACUGACAGUAAAGAUCGUCUGAACGUAGUCGUUGACUCUGUUAUUAAUGUUGUUGAGGACAAAGACGAGCUCUUUCUCUCUGUUCUAUGUUGCUUUUAUUCUUUUAUUUUCAUACUCUGAUGAUCUGAAGCGUCUCAUUUUUACUCUGUCGUCAGUGUAGAUUCAAAUGGACCAAGUUAAAAAGGGACUUAAUGAAACCACAACAGUCCAAGUUUCAUACAAGUGUUCAGAGUCGAGGGGCUCGGACCAAAGAAGUGUCACACGUCGCUGGUUCGAUCCCCGGCUCCUCCCGUCCACAUGUCCAAGUGUCCUUGAGCAACAGGCUGAAGCCCAAACUGCUCCUGAUGGUCAGACCAGCACCUUGCAUGGUAGCUGACUGCCAUCGGUGAGUGAGUGAGUGAGUGAGUGAGUGAGUGAGUGAGUGAGUGAGUGAGUGAGUGAGUGAAUGGAUGAAUGAGGGCAGCAGUGAUGUAUAAAUGCGUCUAUUUACCAAAUAUUAUCAGACUGCUUGUAGAGCUUAAAGCUCCUGACUGAGCUCCACAUGUGCUUUAAAACCAUCAGACUUCACUGAACUGAAGCUGCUGUUAACACUGUCAGUCACUGUCAACAUUUUGUAGCUACCAGUUAAUAUAAUGUGACACUUAUAUAUAUUUUAUAUUUGUGUUUCUGGUAUUAUUGGACUAUUAUCUGGCCCAAAAAAUAUCCCAUGUUAAAUCAUAAUCAUGACAUAAACUAAAUGUUUUGACAUAAAACUGCAAAAUGAGUAAAUGAAAAAUUAAAGAUUCUCAUCAGAGAAUGAAGUAAAAUAAAUCGACAUAAUAACAGAAUAAGAAUUAUGAGAGAAAAGGUCAAAAUCAUGGAUCAAUUUAUUUUGUAAUUUUCAGGUUUUCUCAGGUAAUUUUGUCCUUUAUCUCAUUAAUAUGAUUUAUCACGGGAAUAUUUUAAUUUUGUGAUUUUUAUGCUUCUUUGUAUUUGUUGAGGUGCUGAUCCAGAGUCAGUUACUAACUGAACUCUACACUCAGUGUCCAGUUUAUUAUAAUUAUAAGGUUUUAAUGUUCAGUUUGUUGUCAAAGAUUCGACUUAAUGAAUCAGUUUGGAGGCUGUUGAACUGUUGUGUCUUAUUCUGCAGCUGUUUGUAUUAUUCUUAGUUUAUUCUGAUCUGAUCUCAGCUUGAUCAGGUCAUUUCAGGCAGCGCUUCAUCAUUUCUAUACAAACGUUUGAAUAAAACAUGAAAACUGUCAAA